UUUGCGCUGUCUGCCUGGCCGGUGCGCGACAAGCAAGCAAAUUUUUUAUCUUCUCAUCGCGUUUUCAUCGACCGUAUCCGACCAGUGGUGAAAAUUGUGCAGAAAUCAAGCAAACUUUGGACAAAACCGUUCGAAUUCUAGUGGAAAAGGUAGCGGCCGCCGCGGUGCACAUCUGAGAGGUUUUAUUUUCGUUCGCAACUUCCGGGAAACAGCAGAAACGGCCGUCAGAAUGGCGUCCUACCAGAUCGCAAAUUUGCUCGAGAAGAUGACGUCCAACGAUAAGGACUUCCGCUUCAUGGCCACUAAUGACCUGAUGACGGAACUCCAGAAGGAUAGCAUCAAGUUGGAUGAUGAAUCGGAAAAGAAGGUCGUCCGAAUGGUGCUCCGUUUGCUGGAGGACAAGAACGGCGAGGUGCAGAACUUGGCCGUAAAAUGUCUUGGCCCUCUGGUGAACAAGGUGAAAGAGAAUCAGGUGGAAACCAUUGUCGAUUCUCUCUGUGCAAACAUGGUAUCGAACAACGAACAGCUGCGUGACAUUUCGAGUAUCGGACUGAAGACGGUCAUUUCGGAGCUGCCACAGUCGUCGAACUCGCUGGUGCCGAACGUGUGCCAGCGGAUCACCGGCAAGCUGAGCAAUGCCAUCGAGAAGGAAGACGUUUCGGUCCAGCUGGAGGCUUUGGAUAUUCUGUCGGAUUUGCUCUCCCGAUUCGGCGAUUUGCUCGUUCCGUUCCAUGACCUUAUCUUGAAGGCUCUGGUCCCUCAGUUGGCAUCUGCUCGGCAAGCCGUACGCAAACGUACGAUCGUGGCACUGUCGCAUCUGUUGACGACCUGUAAUAACAAUGCGUACAACAAGGUCGUUGAACACCUGCUGGACGGGUUGGAGAAGCCGCAGGAUCAGAGCAUGGUGCGAACCUACAUCCAGUGUUUGGCCGCUAUUUGCCGUCAAGCUGGCCACCGUUUGUGCAACCACAUCGAGAGAGUAAUGUUUUUGCUGAACCAGUACAGUCACCGGGAUGACGACGAGCUUCGCGAGUUUUGCUUGCAGGCUUGCGAGGCCUUUGUACAACGUUGUCCGGAGGCAAUUAUGCCACAUAUUCCUGCGAUUGUUGAUCUGUGCUUGAAGUACAUCACGUACGAUCCGAACUACAACUACGAGGCUGAUGAUGGUGAUGGUGGCGUCGCGAUGGACAUGGAAGACGAUGAAGACAUCGACAGCGAGGAGUACAGCGACGAUGACGAUAUGAGCUGGAAAGUGCGUCGCUCGGCAGCCAAAUGUUUGGAGUCGGUAAUUUCGACCAGACAUGAACUGUUGGAAGACUUCUACAAGACCCUUUCGCCAGCGUUGAUUGCACGAUUCAAAGAACGCGAGGAAAACGUCAAGUCGGACAUUUUCCAUGCCUACAUUGCUCUGCUAAAGUCUACACGGCCCAUCGGUGACGAUAUGGCGCACGAUCCGGAUUCCAUGGAGCAGGUUCCUAGCUCGAUCAGUAUGCUUCAGAACCAAGUGCCGAUGAUCGUCAAAGCCGUGCAACCAUUGAUGCGCGAGAAAUCGGUCAAAACCCGCCAGGAUUGUUUCCUGUUGCUUCGCGAACUGUUGAACGCAUUGCCCGGCGCACUGUCUCAACACAUUGAUCAGCUGAUGGGAGGAAUUCACUACUCGCUGAACGAUAAAAACUCGACAUCGAAUAUGAAAAUCGACGCAUUAGGGUUCGUCUACUGUAUGCUGGGUGGACACAAUCCGCAAGUGUUCCAUCCGCACAUUAAGACGUUGGUACCCUUGGUCGAAGCUGCUGUCUUCGAUCCAUUCUACAAAAUUGCCACCGAGGCUUUAUUGGUUUUACAGCAGCUGGUCAAGGUAAUUCGACCGUUAAAUAUCCAGACCAACUUCGACUUUACUCCAUAUGUACAUCCGCUAUACUCGAGCACUUUGCAAAAGCUACGUUCUCCGGAAGUGGAUCAGGAAGUGAAGGAGCGAGCAAUCGCCUGUAUGGGACAGAUCAUUGCCAACAUGGGUGAUGUAUUGCAGCAGGAACUUAAUACCUGUUUGCCGUUGUUUAUGGAAAGACUGAGAAAUGAAGUGACCCGGCUGAGCUCAGUGAAGGCUCUUACGAUGAUUGCAGCUUCACCCUUGCGAGUCAAUCUCAGCCCAAUAAUCGCCGAAGUUGUCCCAGUUCUGGGAUCGUUCCUGCGGAAGAAUCAACGAGCACUCAAACUUAAUUCGCUCACCUUGUUGGACACCUUGGUCACUCACUAUCACCAGCUCAUCGAUGACAUAUUGCUCCGGAAUGCCGUUUCCGAAGUUCCACCGUUGCUGUCGGAGUCGGAUCUCCACGUUGCACAGCUGUCCCUUGUGCUGCUAACUUCAGUAGCACGACAUCAACCGCAGGCUUUGAUUGGUGUUCACGAGCAAAUUCUACCGGAGGUUAUGACUCUGGUUCGCUCUCCAUUGCUCCAGGGAACUGCUCUGAACUGCACCUUGAACCUGUUCCAAGCGUUGGUGCACGCCAAUCUGCCGGGACUUAGCUACCGCCAUCUGCUGAACAUGCUGAUGUAUCCACUCAACAACCAACAGCCGGGACACCAGUUGCACAAGCAGGCGUACCAUUCGCUCGCCAAGUGUAUAGCGGCACUCACGCUGCAGGUGCCAAAUGAAGCCGUGGCCGUUGCUCGAGAGUUUCUUCGGGAGAUCCAGAACCGACGCAGCGAUAGUCACCUGGUGUUCUAUCUGCUUACCAUCGGCGAGAUCGGAAGGCAUUUCAAUCUCAACUCGAUCGAUUCUUUGGCUCAAAUAAUACUCAACUGCUUCUCAGCAUCAUCGGAAGAUGUCAAAGGGGCCGCAUCGCACGCGCUGGGCGCCAUCGCUGUCGGUAACUUGACCCACUAUCUGCCUUUUAUUUUGAACGAGAUCGAAGCGCAACCGAAGCGACAAUACCUGCUGCUGCAUUCGCUGAAGGAAGUUAUCUCCUCGUUGUCCACCUCCAAACAUGGUUUGGAGCAACUGCUCCCAUCCGUUCCGUCCAUCUGGGCCGAACUGUUCAAGCACUGUGAAUGCUCGGAGGAAGGAUCUCGCAACGUGGUGGCUGAGUGCCUGGGAAAACUUGUGUUGGUCAAUCCGGAAGAAUUGCUACCACAGCUGCAGAUGGCCCUUCGUAGCGAUAGCCAUUUGAUGCGCACGGCUGUCGUUUCGGCAAUCAAAUUCACCAUAUCUGACCAACCCCAAUCGAUUGACCCCUUGCUCCGACAGUGCAUUGGACAGUUCCUGUUCGCUCUGCAAGAUCCGGAACCGGCGGUUCGACGCGUAGCGUUGGUUGCAUUCAAUUCAGCCGUUCACAACAAACCAAGUCUGGUGCGGGAAUUACUUCCGGAAUUGCUUCCGCAAUUGUACUCCGAAACCAAGGUCAAAAAGGAUCUUAUUCGGGAGGUAGAGAUGGGUCCCUUCAAGCACACCGUGGACGAUGGCUUGGACAUUCGGAAAGCCGCCUUCGAGUGCAUGUACACGUUACUGGAACAAGGACUGGAUCGUGUCGAUAUCAUGCAGUUCCUCGAACACGUGCAAGCUGGACUAAAAGAUCACUAUGACAUUAAAAUGUUAACUUACUUGAUGACAGCACGCCUUGCAGUUCUUUGUCCUUCGGCCGUUCUACAGAAACUAGAACAGUUUGUUGAUCCGUUGCGGGCGACCUGCACACUGAAAGUGAAGGCCAAUUCCGUAAAGCAAGAAUACGAAAAACAAGAUGAACUGAAGCGAUCAGCCCUGCGAGCUGUCGCCGCUCUCCUUCAAAUCCCGAAAGCAGACAAAAAUCAACACCUGGCAGAGUUUCUGUCGUUGAUUCGCAGUUCCUCGGAAUUACAACCGUUGUUCGAGUCCGUGCAGAAGGACUCUUCCGUGCUGGCCAGUACCAAUGCCGACAGUCUUUCCAUGGAUCAGAGCUAGGUGGAACGUUGUGGCGGCAGUGCGAUAGUUUCUGGCUAUUGGUUCAAGAAACGAAAGGUAUGGUAAGUUAUUACUGCUCAUGUGUUUAUACAUCUUCGGGGUAAAAAGAUCGACAAACGCGAAACACAUUGAACAUCUCACAUGUACGACUGUUGCAGCAAAACGGAGGAAAAGUUUUGCGAUUAAAGAAAACGUCGUAUUCAAACGAAUGAUUGAUGCAUUUAGUUUUAAUAGCAUUUCCGUAAAAGUACGCUAGGUUUACGGCAAAUGAUUCGAUGCGCCCAUUCACCAAUGAAUGGAAAUGUUUACUGACAUGGCAAUUUCACGAUCAGAUGGGAACAUCAAACAACAUAAAUAUUUUACUUCGUUUUCUGCAACCUUUAAAACCACAUUGCUGAAUUCUAUCAGAUGUAGUUACAAUAAAACCCACUGAUACAAUUUA